CUCAAAUGUAGUACUAGUCAUCCAGGAAAACAUGGCGACGGAGCCUAACAGCAACAUCCCAGAUCAUGAAUACACUGAUAUUAACACCAAAGUAUUUCAUAUCGGCUCUUUCAGAAAGGAAUGGCUGAAAACCCUGAAGCCGAGUUACUACUCCUACCAGCAGGACGACGAGAGCACGUUUAAUGCUAACUUUGCUAAAGAGAUGGGGGUCAGUGCGGAGACCAUGGCGGACAUCAAGUCCAUCUGCAGUCUUGAUUCGCUCCGUUGCUAUCCUGAGGAUCAGCAGCCCGAUACAGAAGUUGUUCCUGCAGACCCAAUGCUGAAAACAUUAAUACAAAGAAAAAGGAAACAAGACCACAGAGCUGCUCUAAAAGCCAGUAAGAACAGACACGACCUCUACGCAGAUGAACUGGAGCGUUUAACUCUUGGUAGGAAACCAGAAGAAGCGGCUGACAUGGUUCCUGAAGGAGAAAUCAUUCUAAGCAUCAACAUUUACUACCCAGCUACAUUUGAUAAAUUUGUCUACAUCAGACCCCACAUAACUCUGCUGAUGACGGGCUCCCACAGCUUGGUGGAGCUCAGGGACGCCAUCUGCUGUGUCAGCGACCUGCAAGUGUGCGGGGAGUUCAGUAACACGCCGAACUUGGCGCCAGAGUUCAUCAGCAAAGAUCUUUACAAGUCAGCCUUCUUUUUCUUCGAAGGAGUUUUCUACAAUGACAUGCGGUACCCCGAGUGUCAGGACAUCAGCAUGACUACCAUUGAAUGGGCAAAGUCCCGCAACUUCCCAUCCUUCAGUCAGGCCAAGAUGGAGGACACACGAUUUGAGGAUCUGAAAUUGAAAGUGGGCUUCCCGUACCUCUACUGUCAUCAGGGAGACUGUGAACAUCUCGUCAUCAUUACAGACGUCAGACUGAGCCAUAGCAGCGACUGCCUGGACAAGAAGCUGUAUCCACUUCUCAUACACAAGAACAGAAUCAUCACCCAGAAGUGUGCCGUCUGCCACCUCUAUAUUGGAAGAUGGUUUACUACCAACGACCAGUACGCUCCCAGUGACCCGUGCCUCUUUUGUGACAAAUGCUUCCGGAUGCUGCACUACGACGCUGAGGGCAAAAAGCUUGGAGAGUUCCUGGCCUUUCCUUAUGUGGACCGUGGUGCAUUUAACUAAUGCUUUCCUCUGGAUCAGCUCCCUUAUUUAAUGCUGUAUAAUACAGUUAAAUGUUUUAUAUUUCAGAAAGAAAUGCUUGGAUUUUUGGGAAAUGUAUAUUUUGUUUAAAAAGAAAGCGUUCCGUAAAAUUAUGCUAUGACUUUACAGAUGAUCUUGUUUGGAAUAAACAGUAACAUUUACUGGAAAC